AUGAACCCAUAUAUAACGGACCCAGACAAAAUUCCACCUUCUGAUCUAUAUGCGGACCUGCCGCUUUAUGGUCGGUACCAUCCUAAGUCAAAUGACUUCCGCAUUGACCGCCAGGAUGUUAAUUCUCAUUCCCCCGAAUCGUUGCAUUAUUGGGCUUCAGUUCUUACACUCUGCAACCAAUCUGUUAUGAUCUAUCCGGCGGAGGACGGUGGUCGCGACGUGUUCGCCCUUGGUAGCAUCAUCGUCAAGUCGAGCCACAUGCAUACGCAACAGGGCACAAAGUAUACGGAUAUCGACUACUCCUAUGCUGAUGCCAAUGAAAUCCAGGCAAUUACUAUUGCAAAGACGGUCUUAAAAGACGUCAGAGUGCCCGAGAUAUACUUUACAGGGAAGAUCAAUGGCCAUCAGGUAUUAGUCCAGGAAAGACUUCGGGGUGUUGCGUUGGCUGUCGCUUGGCCUUAUCUUUCGCGAGCUCAAAUGGGGUCCUUCAAACAGCAAGCACGCAAUAUACUUCGACAGCUGCACUCCGUAAAGCCUACCGAUGGAUGCCAGGUUCGCUCUUACGUGGUGCCUGAUCCCAAUAUUCGUACAAAUGGCCGCAUCCAACCCCUUGAAUGCGAUAUACUCUUCUCGGUCACCAACACCGAUCUAGAUACGAGCUUCAUGCACAACGACCUAACUGCAUCUAACUGUAUAGUUGAUGAUGAUAAGAUUGUAGGACUCAUUGAUUGGGAAAUGGCCGGCUUUUUUGGGUGGAAGACGGCUGGAGAAGUCCAUCGUAAGCUGAGGCCGCACGAUACGUCUUUUUGGAAGGAUCUCUAUGAAUAA